UGCUGUUUGAAUUCAAUGAACUAUUCCAUACCACUACGAGACCGUACACCUACCAAAAUUUGAUUUUGAAGGUUCCCACAAUACCUUGGUAGGUCAGACUUGAGGAGUUUAUGUGCUUCUGUCUCGGAGCCAAGGUAAAGUAGUCGACCGCCAUGAGCCGUCGGGACGUUCUCGCCUUGGGAAAUCAAAUUCACGGUGAUGUGCACGAAGCCUUGUCCAAUAUCGAGCAGGCCUUCUUGAAUGGCGGUGAUAUCAUUCGAGAUGAAGACGAACUAAUACCCGCAGCAAUUCAGCAGUUGUGCGAAAUCAUCAGGACGGGCUCCAAUCCCGUAUUGCUGGCCCGGGCGGCGUCCUGUAUUGGCACAAUUGCUAACGUUUUGCCGAAGAGACGGGACCAGAUACGAGACCGAGGUGGAGUGGUUUCUUCUUUACUGGCGAUGUGUGCCCCAAGGGUGGGUGAUGCAGGAGCUAUACCGGAGCUAAAUCUGAUGAUACAUGAAUACAGCGUGUAUGCGCUGUUCAACCUAGCGUGCAAGUGCAAUAACAUACAGGCGGAUAUCGUGGAGUAUAAUGGUAUGUGGGUGUGUAUGUAUGUGUAUUUUCGGAUUCCAUUGUGCGUAUGUGUGUGCGCGCGCACGCUUGUAUGCCGUCUGCAUCCUGGUUUGGUUGCAGGUAUCGAUAUAAUGGUCGGUCUAACCAAAUCCUAUCGUCUGACUGAUGCUCAUGCUGACUGCUGUCAUUUGACCAAACACCGGACGAGAACUGUGUCAAGUCCAGUUGAUGAACAACGCAGCUCCCUACCACAUCCAGCAAAGGAUUCUUUGGAGAAUCUUGUUCUUGGAAAUACAGUGUCUGCCAAGGUCGUUCGCUUGUUUGGUCAGCCGGCAGUACAGUGCCAGCGGAGCUGCGGCAACGCCGUGUGCAGCCCGUCUCGGCCAGCAUUUGCCGUCGACUUGUUCCAUGAGGGCAAGUCGGUACAGGAUCUGCUGGCCAGUGACGGUGUUGUGUGGACUGCUCCUGGCGAUAGUGGCACCGACAACAAAAACCCGGUGUCGAGUCUUGUACUGCGCGUUGAGCGCAUCAUGGACGAUGGCGUGCACUUCUGGGCGACCGUGGAUUCGCCCGGUACUACCAGUAGUGAGGAAACCUUGGCUGGCCUGUCACUGGACCAGGCUUUCCCGUGUUGUCUGAAAGAUGCUGUGCCCAGUCAACUUGAACGCUGCAAUGUCCUGAAAUACUCGUUAGCAACCCUUGCUUUGCUAGCACGUCAUCGUCAAAGCUACUGCACAUUGAUCAGUGACCACCUUGAGCACAUCACAUUAAUGUACCUACUGCCCAACCUGGACGUGUGUAGCGAGGCGGUAACGUGUAUCUUCUACACGGCCGGCCUGCCAAACGCCGCACACCGCAUGGCUGCUCAAGGUGUGCUGGAAGACAUGCUUGACCUUUGCGAGCGUUGCUUGCCAUGUCUACCGGACUCUAGCGCCGUCCUCGUCAGCUCUGUGUGUGUCAUUCAUCGCCUAAUCUCACACUGCAAUUUGUGCCGACACCACCUCUGCCAACUACCCAAGUGGCCAAUCCUAGCACAGGGUCUCCAACUUGUUGACAAGGAGCUGGAGAAGAACGUGAUAGUGUCCUGUCUCAAAGUGAUCGUCGGUGAUGCAGAGCUGUCUGCAUACAUUGACACGCCGGCAGACUCAGAAAGCAGCAGUGCCUCGUCACCAGAGACUCCAGCACGGUCCAGGGCAACCUCCGUGUCGUCCAAGAAGACAGUGCGGGUUCACGAGCAGAACGACCCGCGUGGUAUGGUGGACCUCCACGGUGAAAACCAGCUGUGCAUUGCCAGGAAAAAGCCAACCGCCAAACCUAGGCCCGCUGCUAGCUGCAGUAGUAGUUUGGAAGUGGCUGAUCAGCACAUUAGAGCUGCCAUGUCACAUACACAUGCAUACUCAACUCUAGCAUCCAGCACACGGAUGAAUGGACAUUGCUACGCGCGCGGUGAUAGCAGCAGCAACUCAUCGUCCGUUUCUCUGAAUCAAGCUAAUCCGCCCGUCAGACAAGCGAGAGGAGCACUAAGCACUGCCACCUCGUCUGACUGCUCUGAGGGUGAUCUGAGCUGCACGGAUGGCCAGAUGUCGCCCGGUUCAAGAGCAGCCCCACACCACCCGCGAUCUGAUGAGGACCGGUCUGCUCACCGGCCUACUGCUAAUGGUGUGGCGCCCGCGUCAACGGGGCCGGUAGAAGCAUCAAAACCCUGCAGUAAUGUCGGUAGAGGUAGAGGUAGUAAACUUCGAAUGGUAGCACAGGGAAUCAAAGCCGGCCAUGAGGAAGUACAGCGUCCCUCCGGGAUGUCUCGGAGCGUAACGUUUCCCAGCAAGGACCCUACAUUGGGUACCAGGACAAAUUUAAAUGGCCCUCUCACGGGUAUGUCUGCGAAAGCAGGGCACACCGGAUUCCGAUCGCAGCUCCGUGGCGAACGGCCUGCAGCCUCCCUUCCCGGUGCAUCGUCCCCUGGCCAAGCGGUGGAUGACUAUGAGUUUGAGGUCAAACCGGGGCAUCCGUCACUUCGCUUGCACAAGUACAGGCACAUUGCGGACACGGCACCAAUCAAGGGCGUUGAUGCACCCAACCAAUCACAGAGCCAUAGGAAGAAGAAUAAGUCUAGCAGACACCCUGAUGCCAAAGACAAAUCUCCUGGAGAUGAAUACCGUGUCAGAAAGCUAUUUGCUACGAGUGAAGAUGGAGUGGAAUCUAGCUUUGCCUGCAUCAGCUCCGGGCAUGAUAAAACCGAUGCUGAGUUUCCUGCCGCUGACGUACGGUUCUACAAUGAGGGCGAGCAAGUGUCGAAAACCGUCGUCACUGCAUCGUUACCACUGGAGUACUAUGACAAAGCCUCGGCAGCAAGCAAAGCAUGGAAGAAGUGUGUUGAUGAUAUGACUGACAGUAUCGCCACGGCUGGUGCUACGGGCGGCAAGCUAUUGUUUGAUGAUGACCGCUACUACACGCUGGGCAGUACAGUUCCGUUCCGGAAUGACAUCACACACGAACUGCGGACUGUUCUGAGCGUAAUUGUGCGAGCGCAGAGGGAGUUUGUGCAACGAACGCUGUGUGGCUUCUUGAACUCUGGUGAAGGCGGAACUAUAUACCUUGGUAUCGACAGCGACGGGGUUGUCAGCGGGGUGCAGUGGAACAGAAAACUGCGUGAUGAUUUCCGCCUGGUCGUGGAUCAAAUGAUGCACAACUUUAAACCAGUGGUGUCCGCUGAUCUUUUCUAUAUUCAUUUUGUGGAUUGCGUUGAUAGCAGUGUGGCUGCUAGUGAUUCCAUGCGUCAAGCUCUGGAGAAUGUGUUUGUUAUUGAGCUGGGCGUGAGGAAGACCGCCGGCAUGAUCUUCGUUACCGGCGUUGAUCACUGCUUCCUCCGUGAAGGUCGCACCACCAAACAUUUGACAAUGGACGAUGUUCGGAAAAUGGUGAUGGCAGAACAGGAGAAACGCUACAUCAAGGAGAUCAACAGUCUUCGUGCACAGCUCCAGGUCGUUCAAUCUCUCAAUCUCUCUCGGAUGGGUGCCAUCUCCUAGUGAACAACAUGUUGAGGGCACCGCGCUGGCUCCAUGCUUGUGUUAGUGUGCACGGUAGCAGUAUGUACACUGUGACUCCAUGCUCGUGUACUUGGGUUGUAUGCAUCGCUUGACUUCGCCUCCGGUGUAUUCAGGAAUGCCGUGUUGUGUGUGGAUGCUCGUUCACCCUGGUCCUGGCUCAGUUGUCGAAAACUGAGGCAUAGUCGUUCAAAGACAUGUUGUGUUUCUUCAUAUCUUUAUUGAUCUGCUUCUUCAGACUUUUUUCGUUUCCCGUGUCGCGUCUAUUUAUCAGACUUGUUCGUUUCCCGUGUCGCGUCUUUUGUUGUGUCCGAGUGCGGCACACAGCAUAUGGCGGGAAUGUUAAGUUGGAAAAAAUCAGCCGUGUAAAUGAAUAAAACACACACAAUCUAAGUUAGGUGCAUGCCUCGCGCCGCAGGGAAGUAUGAUUAUUAGUGUUCUAAGAAAACCUAACGUCUGCUUCCAUGCUGCAGGCAUAGCUGGCUGCAUGCAUAGACUACUUGCUUGCUCUUGUUGUGCUUUACGGAGCUGGCACUUCUGCAAUGCCGCUGCUGCUGCUGUCUGUUUGAUAGUUACUACUAAGUCUUGUGAUAUGCUGCACUUUUACAUGGCCGCUGUCUUGUUGCUGUUGCUGUUGCAUUCAUACCUACAGUAUGAUGAAACAAUCAUUUUGCACUUAUAUUUUUCUCAUCUUGAUCAGAGAUAAUGGUGUUUCAUGAGUCAUGACUGUGUUCUAUU